GGGGCGGGGCUAACGAGAUCCAGGGUGUGGGCGUGGUUUCCCCUCAUGCAGAUCUACCAUGAGCGGGCUACUACGUAAGACAUCAACUCUUGUAACGCAAAUGUGUCGGACUACAAAGCCGCAAAACAUAGACUUUCAGCGCAGACUCUUCGCGGGGACCAGCAUUUUACCUCCUGUAAAUACACUCUCUAUAAAGCACCUACAUCGGGGUGGCACACCUACCUCUCCAUUUAGGAACAUUUUCUCCUUCUUGAAAUGCUGGCGCCACCGUCAUGUCCCAAUGAAGACAUCAUCCAUAAGUAGAUUCUAUUCAGACUCGGCAUCCAAACAGACUGUCCAGGGACCGGUCACCAAGAGGCCGCUAAAGUCAUCCCGGACCAAGCAGCCGUCCAGAUCCAAUCUGCCUUUGACAAAGACUGUGGAUCUGAUGCAGUGCACUGCUUUUGCAACGGCGGACGAGUUUCACCUGGGCACGUUGUGUCAUGAUCUGGCAUCACAUGGGUACAAUGAACUGCCAAGCUUACCACGGGAUGCCUCCAAUGUGCUGCUAGUUGGAGGAGAGAAUGUCUUCAAGGAACACGAUUCUGGAAUGAUAUUUUUCUUCAGGGAAGGGGCGGUUGUGUUUUGGAACAUAGAAGAAAAAACUAUGAAACAUGUGAUGCAAAUACUGGAGCGUCAUGAAAUCCAGCCGUACGAGGUGGCGCUGGUCCACUGGGAGAAUGAAGAGAUAAACUAUAGCUUUGGAGAGGGCCACACGAGACUUGUGAAAGGAGAAAUUGUGCUGGAUUCCCAGCUGGAGGCGGAUGAGCUCAUUCUACAGAAGUUUGCCUUCUCCAAUGCACUUUGUCUGUCUGUGAAGCUGGCGAUGUGGGAGUCGACUCUGGAUACCUUUGUUGAGUCUAUCCAGUCCAUUCCAGAGAGGCUGAAAGCCAGGCAAAAACUGAAACUGUCCCACGAUGACGUCAUGCAGAAAAUUGGGGAGCUGUUUGCACUAAGACAUCGUAUAAACCUGAGCUCGGAUCUUCUCCUCACUCCUGAUUUCUACUGGGACAGAGAAAAUCUCGAGCACCUCUAUGAUAAGACUUGUCAAUUCCUCAGCAUAAAUCGUAGGGUCAAGGUGAUUAAUGAAAAACUGCAGCACUGUACAGAACUGACGGAUCUGAUGCGGAAUCACCUGACUGAAAAACACGGCCUGCGGCUAGAAUGGAUGAUUGUUAUUCUUAUUACCAUUGAGGUGCUUUUUGAGCUCGGAAGAGUCAUUUUCUAGGGCUAAAGCUCAGGACAUUAAAAGGACCAUCAAGUCGUGCCAAGGAAAAGGUGGCAGGAUGCCACCCCUGUACGGUGCAGGACAGGAGCUGACCCCUUUAGCUUCCUUACAGAGCUUAUUAACACAGCUGAAUGACUACUGACUGAAAGAGAGAGAAAAUAUAAUAAUAAUAAUAAUAAUAUAUUGUUCCCUGUUAUCAGCCAUUUUUGGCUGGGGUGAGGCUGACUGUUUAAUCUAGACAACACUAUAAUUGCCAAAAUUCAAGGAAGCACUCUAGGUUUUCCCUCUUAUUCCCAUAUCAUGCACAUUCACCAUCACUAGUCCUACAGCGUCAUCUGUUUCAUUCCAGCACAGCUUCAUCCAUGUGUUUUAUUGUUGUAACUGAGUAAUGUGGUCACCAGUCUGACCCAACAGAAAAUCGCAGAGCUUAAUGUGACAGAGGAAGUGGUCAGUCCUUCACUUCCCGUGAACUACAGGAUGACAUCACCAAUCAGAUCGCUCCUACUAAUAGCUCACAGACCUCUCCCCUCCCAGCUCUAUCUGUAUACUGCUGCUAUCUCUAUGGGAU